CAGAUUGAAGUAAUUCCGUGCAAAGUAUGCGGUGAUAAAUCUUCCGGAGUCCACUAUGGAGUAAUUACCUGUGAAGGCUGUAAAGGUUUCUUUCGUCGUAGCCAAUCGGCUCUAGUCAAUUAUCAAUGCCCAAGACAAAAGAAUUGCACAGUUGAUCGUGUAAAUAGGAAUAGAUGCCAGUUCUGUCGUCUAAAGAAAUGCUUAGAACUUGGUAUGAGCCGAGAUGCAGUAAAAUUUGGCAGAAUGAGCAAAAAACAACGAGAAAAAGUUGAAGAUGAAGUCCGAAUGCAUAGACAAAUGGCUGAAGUCAACGGAAUGGGUUAUGGCAGUACAUUUGCAGUUGGUGAAUAUUCACCACCAGAAGUAAAGUAUCCAUCACCCUACAUUAACAGCUAUGAACCAGUUUAUGCUGCAACAACUUACGGAAACGCAGUGUACGCUGCUGCAGCUCCAGUCAGUUAUCCAACUGCACCUGGACAAGGUUAUUCCAUAGCUCAGCAAGCAGCUGUCCCGGCCCCGAAUGGUGAUUACCCAAGAGCAACAAUGGGAGCAACUCAGUCAGAUCAAUCUGAUGAGUCACUUAUAGCUAAUGUUGAAACCGCAUUCCACUCAGCCUACGGUGCUUCUCUUAAUGAACGAAAUUCCGCCGCCGCUAAUUCCAUGGAUGCUUACAUGGAACAGAGAUAUUGCAAUAUGGAUCGAUUAGAAGGCUGGAAACGUUUUGCUCAAGAAUUAACACGAAUAAUACAAAGCAUAAUUGAGUUUGCAAAAUUAGUGCAUGGUUUUUCAUCUCUUGGCCAAGAGGAGCAGAUAACUCUGCUAAAAGGAGGUGUUUUUGAGUUGGCAACAAUUGUCGUAUCACAAUUUUAUGAUAUUGAUUCCCAGUCAUUGAUCCUGAACCGUGAAAUUAUCCCAAUUACGGUGUUCCAGCCAAAUGAUCAAGCUGAAAUGCAAUUUGUUCUUGCGAUGCAUAGCUGUAUACAUGAAUUUGCGCAACUUCGCUUAACAUCAACUGAGUUAGCUUUACUAUCUGCUUGGAUAUUGUUAGAACGAUCCUCUUCUGGCACAUAUCUGGUGGAGCAACUGAGGAAUUGUUUACAAGAACGACUUGUGAUAAAUACACUUGUGGAAUUGAUCGCACGGUUACGUUUGUUGGCCCAAGAUCAUAUACAGCUGUUGGCACGUUUAGCUAGUAUAUAUCCACAAGUUUUUGAACGCGGUACAUUACCGGAGCUUUAUAAGGAACUUUUUACAUUAACGAAAAAUAAGACAAAGGAACAGAAAAAGGGUUAGUU